AUGGAGCCCCCCUACCAGGCAGCGUCCAUUCUCAUGAAGGUGAACACCUUACAAGGGAAGAAGAUGGUGGAGACGGGCCUCCAGUCUGGAGACUUCUCCCUGUCCCAGUCCUGGCCUUCCUGCCUCCCCCCGCCGGCCAGCUUGGAGACCCUGCAGCAGAAGGUGGCUGGGGUGCAACGGGAGCUGGCGGACUUCAAGAAGGAGGCGCUGAAGGCCAUCCACUUCCUGGAAGACGCCUUCGGCAGGAUGAAUGGCACCCUGGCGCAGCAGGAGGAGCAGGCCGCCCGGGUGAAGCGGCGGCUGAGGGAGGAGGAGGACCGCGGGGUUGUGCGCAACAAGGUCCUCACCUUCCUGCUGCCGCGCGAGAAGCAGCUCAGGGAGCACUGCCAGCGGCUGGAGCACCUGCUGCUGGCCAGGAGUCGCCCCGGGCCGGGCGCCGCUGGGAAGGGCCAGGCCGACUGA